CUGACUGUAAAAAAAUACCGGUGUUAGCGCUUCUUGAAAGUCGGGAGUGGUCUAUUAUUUCAUUUACUUACUCCGAAGAAGUUGUUAGUGUACAUUUAAUUCAUCAAACAUUACUUAUACGUGUCAGAGUUACCAACAAUCCAUUGAUUUCCUACCAAAAAGCAGUCAGUAUAGCAUUAUUCCCUUUGAGCAUUAUUCCAAUUUUGAGCUAGGCCAUGCCUAUCUUAAGAAAUUAGGCCUAGCCCUUUUAGGCCUACUAAUUUAAUGAUGAAAUCUUGACGUUUUUGUAAUUACAGCUAUGGAUUUCCUUUUUAUAUUAGAAUUUUUAGUUGCGUUCCUAAUUCGGUUAUGGCUUUGUUUGUCGGAUUACAAACAAGUAAUAUCAGAUCGUGUGGAGAUUUCCACACCACUCAACUCAUGGAAAAGAGUCACAGAAGGAGUGGUUUUGUAUGAAGAAGGUACAGACCCCUACAUUGGGGACAUGUUCCAUGAAACUCCUAUUGCCUUGAUAGCGUUUCAUUGGAUGAUACACAAUAUUCCUCGAUGGCUGAAUAUCGUCUUUAUUACCUGUGACUUACUAUCAGCAUUUUUACUAUACAAAGCAGCCAAACAAUGUAUGAAGCUUUUGAUGGAUCGCCAGACGAGAGAGAAAGCUGGCUAUGCAGAAGGGGUGGAGAAACUUCUGCUGACUGAGCAGGAGCUCAGUUCCGCUCCGAUGUAUGUACUAGCUGCUUAUCUCUUCAACCCCUACACAAUACUGAGCUGUGCAGCCCACACCACCACGGUGUUUGCCAACCUCGGUCUAGCUGUGUUCUUUUGCUCCAUGCUUCAUGGUCAUUUGUUGGUGUGUGGCUUCUCCUUGGCCCUGGCGACUCUACAGUCCUUGUAUCCCGCCUCACUGAUCGUGCCGGCCACUCUACUUGCCGCUCAGUCGGGUGGCGCUCGAUCCUCCGCCUCUGCUAGAGUUGCGCUCCUCAUCGUAGCCUUUGUCGUCCCCUUGGUGGGCCUUCUCGGUGCUUGCUAUCACAUUAGUGGUAGCUGGCACUUUCUACAUUCCACAUAUGGAUUCAUCCUGAACAUUCCAGACUUGCGGCCGAACGUCGGCCUGUUCUGGUAUUUCUUCACAGAGAUGUUUGAACACUUCAGACCGCUGUUUAUUUGCGCUUUCCAACUCAACGCCAGUCUUCUGUACGUUGCUCCGUUGGCAUUGAGGUUGUACAAGGAACCUCCACUGCUGGCUGCUAGUCUUACAGCUCUCUCUGCGAUAUUCCGAUCCUAUCCAAGCAUCGGAGACGUUGGCUUCUACCUCGCACUGUUGCCCAUGUGGAAACACCUGUUUCACUACAUGCAGCAGGGCUUCGUAGUUGGAUGUUUCUUCCUAGUAACCUCUGUGUUGGCCCCUGUGUUGUGGCAUCUAUGGAUCUAUUGUCGCUCUGCAAACGCCAACUUUUACUUCGGAGUCACAUUAGCAUUCGCUACAGCUCAGAUUUUCCUCAUAACUGACAUUUUGUUUGCCUACAUCAAGAGGGAGUUUGCGCUGAAGAAUGGUCUCCAACGAACGAUCGACGGAGAAGAAGCCAAACUUAUUCUCGAAUAAAUUCAAGUUUUUCGUCAAAAGGCUGAGAUUAUCGCCAGAGAAGAAGUGUUCAGUGCUUCGGCACAAGUUGCGGUCUGUGUACUGUGUGAAAGUUUCGGGUGUGUGGACGUAAAGACGACAACAUCUGCGCUCACAGGACACAGACUGUACAUCUAUGUCUAUGUUCAUCAGCACCUUCAUAUACCAUCAACUGCAACUACAUUCAUUCAUUGCUUUUGCACACUUUUACUAUUGACUAGUUACAAAAGUGUGAAAGACAAACUAACAAAUUUCAACCUGCUCUACUUCACAAAACACCGAUUAAAAGUUUAGUCUGAUCUUUGUCACCAUAUUCCAUCAACAAACGCAACUACCCACAUUUUACAUUCCACGUUUCAUUUUAAUUUUUUAUACUUGUGACAAAUGUUGAAUAUUAAUGUCAUGUACAAGCACACAUUAAAAAAGAUUUGUAAAUAUUUUUAUUUUUUUCAAUGUAUUUUGCUGUAGCAUUUUCAGUUUGUAUGAUAAUGUGAAUAUAAGCCUAGUUUAAAUGUUUGUAAAAAAUACUUUAAGGAGUAUUCCGAGUAUGGAUGUAUUUAGAAAGUUUUUUUAUCGAAAAGUACAGGGUACAGAAAUUAUUGAUCAUAUUUGAUGCAGGCAACAAACUAUUACGUAAAGGAAUUUUUUAUUGGAAUUAAUUUAGAAUGUAACUGUUUUUACCAAUAGCAUAAAAUGUCAUGGAUCAUUGGUUUAAACCAGGAAAUGAAUGUUACUCAUGCAUCCCUUAAGAGUUUAGUUUACAUUUCUUGAAAGGAAAAUGUAUCUAAUAGGUCCAACAAUUUUUACAUUCCUAUUAUAUAAUUCAGUUUACUUGAUAACACACAAGGAUUCAUCAUGUCAACUUAAACUAUGCACCUAAU